ACAUGUUCAUCAAUUUGUUGCCAAUUAUACCACACCUACAUCAAACAAGGAGUGUCAUGGUUUUCUUGCUGGGAAUGCUGUUCGAUCAAUGAAUCGCUACAGAGCUCUUGAUGAAACAGCAAUCUUUGGGCGAGGCUGUCGACAUGAGUUUCCUAAAAAAUUCUUAAAUUUGAAACAUGGAGAGAGAUUGAGCUAUGCAGUUUAUGUUCUCCAAGAAUUAGAGAAAGAUAAUGCUGAUAAACCUGCACUCAAAAUAAACAUAUUGUAUGAUGUUGCAUGCAUGUUGGUGAAACACUUACAGAAUUUGGAGGAUCCAAUUAUUGACAUUUUUCAAUUUUCAAUUCCAAUUUUUCACAGCUAUGGCCAUGUUGGACGAUGCCAAGUUAAAUUUAGUCCCCGUCGUAAAGAAGGAUUUGGCCUAACUGACGGUGAGAUGUUGGAGAGAUUGUGGGCUUACAUUCGCAAAUUUAGCAGAAUGACUAAAGAAAUGCGUCCAAGUGACAGAGUUGAUGUACUCAGUGAUGCUCUUUUACAUUAUGGAAAGAAAACGAAGAUUAAUUUAGGCAAUUUGCUGAUGGCAAGGAUGAAGCGAGCUGUUGACGUGGAAGAAACUGCAAAAUCAGAUAUUGAAAAGUUAUGCAGGUGCUUUCCGUCUCACAGGAUUUCAAUAGAUGAUAUUCGUGAGUGGAUGAAGGACGAAUCGACUUUUUUUUGUCGUGAAGUUGAGACUGAAGAAGAAGAUUGGAAAUGCAAGUACGUUAUAUACCUGGACUUGUACGCUGAUCUUUACCAUCGAUGGAAUGGUUGCACUGAUCCAAGUGAACUGACUGUUCGAUUUAAUCAGAUGAAAAAGUAUGUUCGAAAAGUUGAACUUGUUUCUAGAGAUAUUAAAGUCUUAAACAGUGUGAAUUUAGAAAAAUGAACUGGGAAAAUUUUGAAGCUAUGAAUGUACGUCGUAACAUUGUGAAUAAUAAGUUGGAAUAUCGAAUAAAAAAUUAUUUUUUGUUUUUA